CUCUCGCCCAUCGACAUUACUACAUUAAGAGCUAAGCCUCUAAAUAGUCGUCUUUAACUAUAAUUCUUUGGCCAGAACUUGAUCAACAUCAUCUACCUCAUAUUUAUUCGUAGUCCUAGACUACUUGGAGUAAUAUUCUGUUUUAUUUCUGGAGUUUUCGUGUAAUUCGCUUGUGAAACUUCGACAAACAUGGAGCAUUUUUCUCUUGUGUGUUGUGAGACAGACAUCAGUGGGAAACCUCAAAGAGCUAUCCAGGACCCCGUAUUACUGAAUGACAAAAGAGUACUGGCAAAUUUGCUAUCAACUGAGGAUAAAUAUCUUCCACAUACAUGUUACUUUAAUUGUGUUCAAACUGAUAUUCAACCGUAUAUGAGGAAAAUGGUAACAGAAUGGAUGGCUGAGGUAUGUUCAGAGCAAAGAAUGGAAGAGGAGGUUUUCCCAUUAAGUGUAAAUUAUUUGGACAGAUUUCUGUGCAUAAAGGAUAUUAAGAGGACUCGCUUGCAGCUCUUAGGUGCAGCGUGCAUGUUUCUUGCUUCCAAAUUAAAAGAGACAACACCAAUUAGUGGAGAACAACUGGUCAUGUACACCGACAAUUCUAUAACACUGGAGGAAUUAACGGAUAUGGAGUCACAAAUCUUACACCUUCUCAAGUGGGACCUGUCUGCCAUUGUGCCAAAUGAUUUUCUAGACCAUGUUCUGCACAGAAUGAACUUUAACAAAUCUAUCUUGGCCACUGUUAAGAAACAGGCUCAGACUUUUGCAGCAGUUUGUGCUACAGACUGCAAAUUUAUGCUGACUCCUCCGUCCAUGAUAGCCUGUGCUGCAAUCGGCACUGCUUUUAGAAAUUUAAAUUAUCAGAGUGGUACAGAAUUGUUGAACCUGCACAAAAUCACUGGCAAUGAUAAGGAUUUGAUUAGAGAUUGCAUGGAACAAGUUGAGCAGACUAUUCAGAACUGCAUGUCCACACACUCCCAACAAAACCAGACCCCAACCAAACAAGAUUCUCAUAAGCAGGAGCAGCCCACAACACCCACAGAUGUCAGAGAGAUCAACAUCAUGGCAGUGAAUACAGUGCAUCAAGCUGUGCCCGUCACCUUUGGAUAAUAAGACGGCUUGCGGAUUCACUGUUUUCUCAACUACGAAAGGUCCUUUGAUGCACGCUCGUAUCUGCGUUACCACACACCCUCGACCAACCUCUUGUUAUGCCAGGUUGUCAUGUGGUUAUAUCUGCAUUCUGUUGCUGUCACUCAAGAGAAAAAAAAACUUUCCUUCAGUGUAAAAAAAAAUCGUGCAGUGAAAAUCAUUGGUUAUCCACCAUGCAGACUUUAUUGAAAAAAAAGAUUUGCUGAUCAUAAACUUGUGUACUUGUUAAAAAUUUUGGCUUCAUUGGAAAACUAAAGGUAAAAAUUUCAAUGGUCGAUUUUUAAACAAAAGUUGUUUUUUUUAAAGGCUACUAUAAAUACUAAGUUUCAAUCGUCUUCCGUGAAGAUAUUACAUUUUAUGUUGUGUUGUACUAGCCUGUUCUGUUGACUAAGUUCUUAAGCAGAAUGUAAACAUAAUUUUUUUAAAUAUAAAAAAAAAACCUUUAAAAAAACUUGUAAUUAAAAAAUGUAAAAAAAAAAUUGAAAUACAAAAAAAAGAAACAAUUGCCAAAUAAGUUUAAUGUAGUAUUUGUACAAAAAUAAAAUAGUAAAACAAAAUAGACAUUAGUUUAGUCGUAGAAAGCCACAUGUAAUCCAUUUAACAAUGUAAGACUUGACAAGAAUCUUAUCUUGGGAAAAACUCCCUGACAUCAAUGUGUUCAUUCAUACAACGAACUAAGUUAUUCAAGCAUAGGAUUCAUCAGUUAGAUUAUUUAAUGUAGGCCUACUUAAUGACAUAGCUGCUUAUCAUUAUUUAUGCCGAGCGAUCUUUGUAUAGUUUUUAAUUUAUGCGCUACAUGUGUUCAGAAGGUAUUUAUAAUUAAAAAAAAAACACUUUGUAAACUCCCAUUUUUUUUCCUUGUGUAAUUGAUUUGUUUGUGAUACUCUAUGAGUAUAUUUGAAUGUUGAAUGAGUUUUACGUCUGUCAAAGAAGCUACUAAAAAAAAACCUUGCAUAUAUAGUGUAUAUAUGAAAAAGCUUGGAUGGAUUUUUGUGGGGUGGGGGGUGCACAAUUUUCAUGAGACAUUUACUUGAGGUCCUGGGAGGUCUAACAGAUGUGAUACAAUACCCAACAAUACCCUACAACUUCCCAGGACUUAUCCAUCUGUGAUGAGGCCUUCGUUUUUGGGCCGUUAUUUUUUAAUGUUACUUGAGAAACUAGUGUUAACUUGUGUUCACAUGUCCCUUUUUAUAUAAAAAAAAAACGUUUUUUUUUUUUUCAAUAUUAAAGAAGCUCUGUUAAGUGUUCUGCUGCGACCUUUGUCAUAUAAAUGAACUAUCGGUAUAGUGGCUUGUUACGGUGUUAGUUGGCUACGCGAAUGAAAUCUCUUAUUGAUAUGGUUUUUUUUUAAAAUUGUUUAAUCACGGGACCAAGGUUUUUAAUUUUUGUACAUGAGUGUCACUUAAGUAUCAUAUGUCUCAUUUGUGUUGUGCUGAUUCUGUUUAAAACCCAUCAGUCCUGAGGAUAUUGAAACUUCACAUCAAGGAGCAUUUUUUUUUUAAUGUUGAGUUGUACAUUCAACUGUUCGGUAUAGUGAGGUACAACUUUUUGUCGACAAUUUGUUCAUAAAAAUUUAAUGUAUAUUUUUUUUAAUGAUGUUUUAAUGUUAAAAAAAAACCUUUUGUGUAAUGGAUCAUUUAGGUGACUGAUGAAUCAUUAGUAUGAUCUUGUUAUAAGAAUAUUCUCAUUUGGAUUACUUGAUCAAUGCUUGCAGUCUUAUGUGUGGUCUCAGUAUUGCAAGAUGGAUGUAUGAAUUGAUCUAUAACCAGAUGUAUCAAUUUUUUUACACAACCAAAUUUUUUUUUUUUUGAAAACUUAACAAUGCAACCUGUCAGUUGAUUACCUCUUAUCUUUAUUUUACUCUUAGUUUUGGUUGAAGAUGUUAUUUAUGUGUAUGGGAGUCUACCCAUCUCAGGUUGAUAAAUAUUUUUUUUUUUAAUGCCUGUCAUUGUAUACCUCAGUUUAGAUAAAAAAAAAGCUUAGUGGGAUGUGAGGGUGUUAGUCCCUUGGUUAGUUCAGAUCCAGUACUGACUUAUAAAAAAAAUAAUUGGGAAAUUAUUUUGAAAAUUUUCUCCCCCUUCACACAACUUAGAAAUACAAAUCUUACAAAAAAUUGCCUUAGUAUCUUGAUGAAUUGGGUCUUUCAAUGCUAUCCAGUUUAAAAGCUGUGAUAUUGUCGAGCGGGGGUGACACUGCUUUCUUACUUCCAAGCUAUCCAUAGGGCUAGUCAAAAUCCUGAAAAUAUUAACAAUAAUAAUAAUUCUAGAAUGUCAAUUUGUUUUUGUAAACUUAUAAAUAUUAAGAAUCUGUUUUUUUUUUCUUGCUACAUUGGUCGUUUAGUUGUGCAAUGAGUUGCCUGGCUUGUUAUCCAUAGAAGUUGAGUCCGGAGGGGACCGGCAUUUUUGUGAUACUGUAAUUAUAAGGCAGACCCUCCCGACUUUAUUUUUCUUCAGAUAACAAGUCCGAUAAAUACUUUUUUUCCAUGUAAUUUGUUACAUUGAUACCAAAGGCUAAAAUAAUACACAAAAAAAGCUACACACCAGGAAGAAGGUAACAUGUGUUAACACAAUGGUGAGUGGGAACACACCCAGACUGCUGAUGUUAGGAGCUGUUGGUAGUUGAAUCCCUCAGGCCUUAGUCUCCUGAUUAAACCAGUGUUGAUUUACAUGGUUUAAAUUUUUAUAAGUUAAGCUUUGUUUUUUUGGAAAAUCUUAUUCCCAUUUUUUUGAUUCAUCUGCGAAACAAAACAUACCAGUAUAAUUCUUUGGCCUUAAUGGUGUUUACUUUUUUUUUUUCUAAACAAAAUAAUCGUUUUGUAUAUUGUGUAUAUAAUGUUAUAAAAAUAAAAUAAAAAAUAAAAUUGAAUAAAGUUUUCUUUGAAAAAUUG